AUGCAGACGAUCACAUCACUCUGGAACGGCACUGCAGAAUCUCUGGAGGAGCUGUCGGUGCUUUGCCAAACCGAACCACGCAAGACUUUUGAUCUGAACUUGGCUGCGCCCAAGUUACGGCGCAUAGUCCUUGUAGAAGCCGCGUAUCUUCCUUACCGCAUGAACUUGGCAUAUCAUUUCCCUGCUCUGGAGCGGAUUGUCCUGGAAGGGUUUGCUCUGGAAUCGCUCAUGGGGCCUGACCAGCAGUGUAAGGACGUUAUAGACCUGCUGGUGCCACUACCACAUCUCCGGAGCCUGGAUCUGCGUUUUCUACAACAUGGGACAGCGAUUCCUCCGCAAUAUCAGUUCGAUCGAGUGUUGCUGGCCGAUUUGGAAUCAAUAUCCUUUAAAUUUCUGCAUCCAGACGAUGUCUCUGAAUUCAUGUCGGUGUUUUACGCCCCACGUUUGGCAUCCAUGCAUUACACGAUGCCUAACACGGAGGACCCUUACCGGAUCCCUCUCGUAUUUGAUCAUACCCGCUAUUUUCCCCAGCUCCACACUCUCAUUGUCGAAUGUGACCACAGGAACGAGCUUAAAGUCGACUCAUCCUUCGCUCUUUUCCUCCACGGUUUCAACCACGUCGAAUUUGUUGACUUUACUAGUGGCGAAUUUGCCAGCCUCGUCGGACUAGCGGGAGGAUCUGUGUCGAUGGGAGACUGGUCAGCUAGCACCUCUCCACCGGUAUCCUUGGAGAUUCAAUACACCCCUGUCACUGGCGUUAUUGUCAAAUCACUCCGCCAAGUAAUCGAGACACGUCGUGUUGCAAGCCUCCCGGAUCCCACUGAUCCCGAGAUGGAAUUGGCACCCGCGUUAGAAGAACUCCAUGUUUGCACACAAGAGAGGAUCUCGGACGAAGAUCGCAGCUGGUUCGAGGAGAAUAUACGAACAUUUACGUGGUUGGAAACGGGGUCGAACAAGGAGAAGGCUGGGGAGAAUUGGACUCCUGGAUCUGGCUGGAUGCGGAUGACCUUUGCUCCUUGUGAAGAUCUACAUUUUCGACUUGUGCAAUGA